CAUUCUUACAUUUCCGAGGUAUAAAAGAUGGCCGCGUUGUGUUUUGCCGAACCAUUACUUUGACGGUUGGGCAUUGGAAUUACUGAGGUAUUUAAUAAGAGCCGGCCCGCGACGUCAGAAUGCGGUGGAUUAAUCUGAUAUUCAUUUGUGCAGUGCUGUCAAGAACGCUUGCUGAGCCUGAACCAAAAAAAUACAAUCCAGAAACAAGAAACAAAAACUCCAAUGCCAGUUUAACAGACGAAGAAAGAAAAUUUUUGAGAGAAGUCGAGGCUAAAUUUGGUAUCAAAUCAGAUGUAUUAUCAGAAACAAAGAAAGAUAAUGAAGUAAAGAAUAAGACGGAAAAUACACCUGCAAUAAAGCCACCGUUCCCAGCUGUUAUUGCCAUAGAAAUAGUCAAUGAUACAGAAACUAAACAGAAAAAUGGGAAGAGAACUAUCGAUGCCAAUCUCGGUUAUGGAUAUAAAACUAACAGCGGAUACAGUUAUACAUAUUUAGGUCGACCAAGCCAAGAAAAAGGCAAAUUUAUGAUCUAUCCUUAUUCGCAAGAAGACAUUCCGCCAGCACGUUCCAAUCAUUACCAAUCACAAAAUUCUUUUGGGUCAGGUUUUAACACAAAAUCAUCCACAGAUAUUGAAAUUCAACCAUCGAAAGCGUUUGAGCUCGUUGAAAUGCAAGACGAACCACAAGCAUAUAAUUAUAAUAAACCAACUGAACAGAGACUCAAUUAUGAAUCCAUCAAAGGACUAGUGACUCCACCUCCGUAUACGCCUCAAAAUCAUCAACAAUCAUCUCACACAUCAACACCAACUACAUUAUAUACUACCUAUAAUGGUGAGCAGCUAUCUGGCCUCAGUGGGCAAUUCCCAAUGGUGAUGCCAAAUUAUUUCGUGGAUCCAUCACAACUGCUGAAGUACCCACAGUUCCAAAGUGCAGGAUUAUCACAGGAUCAUUUGCGUUCAUCAGGAUCUCCAGCGCAACAGAAAGUAGUACCAGUAUUAGUGUUGAGAAUACCUAGUUCGUAUCUUAAAAAUCCAACAGCAGAAUUGUAUGCUAAUCUGCCACAAAAUUAUCCAUUGUCCCAAUAUUUGAAUCACGUCAAUCUUCAAGAAUUAGUCAACAACUAUUUCAAGAAAAUCGGCUAUUCAUAUGCACCACAGGUAACUGCUUACCAAAGUCCUCUUCUCUCAGAUGCAGUGUCUACUCCUGUGACACAAUAUGAACCACAACAUUAUGCUUCUCCUUACAUCCAUCCAUCAUACACUCAAUCUGAUUACUCAGGAGUACAGUAUUCCGCCGUGAAACCAGUGAUGGCCAAAUACCCUUUAAGUUACAGCAGUCCUCAACACUACAUUACAGCGGCUCAAACAACAUACCAGCAACCUAAUCAACAAUACCAAUACACUUAUCAAUACGUACCUAAUACAGCAAGUCAACAGGCAUAUUACGUUCAACCACAACAAGCAGAAAAUCACCAACCUGAGCAAAUAGUAGUUCAGCAAGUGCAUUCUCAAGACACGGCAAGUCAAAUUGAAUAUGUACCACAACAAGAAGCACGCGCAACUCCAGUGGCUUCAUCUCUACAGUACGCAGCACCUGAGACUCAAGGUGAAGUACAACAUGCAGCUCAAUCUCCAUCACCUCAAUAUGAAUCUGCACAAUUAGUACAAGAAUAUGCGACACCAAAACCAGAAAAUGCCGUGUAUACUUCAGAACAACCUGCACUUGAUUAUGCAGGUCCUACAAGACUGAGUUUACCAGUCGGAUAUACCAGUUCUCCUCCGGAGUAUGGACUUCCAAAACAAAGUGCACAUCAAGAGACUAUUGCUGUGUAUCCAUCGCAAUCUGGACACAUUCCACGUCACUACAGCUCUCAGGCCGAUGCACAAUCAUAUUACUACCAGAACCAAGGCACUGGCGACAGUCAAAAUCACAAUUUGGUAUUAACAGAAAAUUAUCCGAGCAAAGACCAUACUAUUGCUACAGUUUUGCCAUACAGUUACAAACAGUCAGGAAAAUCAGCGUCAAGGCAAACUGUCAGCUAUGUAACUCCUUCCCCAUUUGCAUCUAAAUAUCAGUCACAAUAUACAGUAAUGGUACCUCAGACGGUUUUCAAGAAUCCAAGUAGCGAGAAUGUGUCGUAUGUAAAUUCGCAUUCGCUUCCAUACAGUCAAAAUAGUCAAGAGCAGAAUCCAGAAGUAGAAUACACAGUGCCAUCACACUACAGUCCUCCUGUUGGAAGGCAAAAGCCCCCAUCGCUACCUAAGAACUAUCAUUCUCACCCGAAGCGGAUGACGAAAGCACAGGCCAAAUCCGACAACGCUUCCGAAAAGAAAUCGUCAGAGAAUUCAGAGAAGAAAAAUGCGUAAUUUUCAAUUGGUGCCUAGAAAACAUUGUAAAUAUAGUUGUUAUAGUAGUAAGUAAUAGGUAAGAUAAUACGGUUUAAUCUGUGAAUUUUAAAUGUAUACGCCUAUUUCUCAUUAGGUUGGCCAGUAGGAAAGAAUGAAGGAAAUUUCGUUAAAAAAAGAGAUAAUCUUACUGUACCAUGGAUACAUAAUAAUAUUUAUUUUUCCUUAUGGAAAAAAGUGCGAUUUCUUAUUUAAUAAGCUAUCAUUUUUUUAUUGAUUUGAUGAAUUGUUAUUUAUUUUUAGCCGAUUCGUUGAACGUGGCUGAUUAAAGUGCAAUAUUGUUUUUUAUAAAGCGUUUUUGUUAUUUGUUACGAAAUUAAUAAACUGUUUUAAUAUGU